UGCCCGUGCCCAUCGAUAUUCCAUUCCCCCGAUUCCCUCCCCUCUUCUCUCCCUCCCAUGGGAGGGGAAUAAUUAUAGAAACUACACUCCCAUCUGACUAUCCCCACUCCGCAAUGCGCCUCCUCGCCGCCGCCGCGCUCCUCCUCCUCGCCACCGCCCUAUCCGCCGCCGCCGCCGCGGAGCUGCCGGAGUUCCGGGAGGCCCCGGCCUUCCGCAACGGCGCGGGGUGCGCAGGCACGCCCACGAUCCACAUCGCCAUGACCCUGGACGGCACAUACCUGCGGGGCUCCCUGGCGGGCGUCCUCUCCGUGCUCCGCCACGCCGCCUGCCCAGAAUCCAUCGCCUUCCACUUCGUCGCCUCCUCGGCCUCCCCUCCCCGCCGCCUCGCCCGCCUCCGCGCCGCCCUCGCCGCCGCCUUCCCCACGCUGCCCGCCGCGAUCCACCGCUUCGACGCGCGCCUGGUCCGCGGCAGGAUCUCCUCCUCCGUCCGCCGCGCGCUCGACCAGCCCCUCAACUACGCGCGCAUCUACCUCGCCGACAUCCUCCCGCGCGCCGUCCCGCGCGUGCUCUACCUCGACUCCGACCUCCUCGUCGUCGACGACGUGGCCCUCCUCUGGGCCACCGACCUCGGGCCCCGCUUCGCGCUCGCGGCCCCCGAGUACUGCAACGCCAACUUCACCUCCUACUUCACCGACGCCUUCUGGCGCCACCCCGCCUACCCCGCCGUCUUCGCCAACCGCUCCCGCGCGCCCUGCUACUUCAACACGGGCGUCAUGGUCAUCGACCUCGACCGGUGGCGGGCCGGCGACUACACGGCCAAGCUCGAGUACUGGAUGGACGUGCAGAAGCAGGAGGCCCGGAUCUACGAGCUCGGCUCGCUCCCGCCCUUCCUCCUCGUCUUCGCGGGCGACGUCAGGGCCGUGCAGCACCGGUGGAACCAGCACGGCCUCGGCGGCGACAACGUGGCCGGCCAGUGCCGGGAGCUCCACCCGGGCCCCGUCAGCCUCCUGCACUGGAGCGGCAAGGGGAAGCCCUGGCUGCGGCUCGACGCCGGCAGGCCAUGCCCGCUCGACGCGCUCUGGGCGCCCUACGACCUGCUCCGCCGCCAAGGCGCGCGCGACGACCUCCUCGCCGCCGUCGCCUGACUGACGCCCGCAUCGCUUCAGUAGUCG